AUGCUCAUUCGUUUUUUCUUGUUCUGAGAGCUAGUUAACAUGUCUGGACGUGGCAAAGGCGGGAAAGGACUUGGCAAGGGGGGUGCUAAGCGCCACCGAAAGGUCUUGCGGGAUAACAUCCAAGGCAUUACCAAGCCUGCUAUUCGCCGUUUAGCUCGUCGUGGUGGUGUGAAACGUAUUUCUGGUCUGAUAUAUGAGGAGACUCGUGGUGUGCUGAAGGUCUUCCUGGAAAACGUCAUUAGGGAUGCUGUGACUUACACCGAACAUGCUAAGAGGAAGACUGUGACUGCCAUGGAUGUGGUGUACGCUCUGAAACGCCAAGGCCGUACUCUUUAUGGUUUUGGUGGCUAAGCCCUCAGACUACAAGCGGGGGAAAAAGAAAAUCCAAAGGCCCUUUUAAGGGCCACC